AAAAAGAACCCCUUCCACCUCAGAUCCUGAGUCGAAACGGAAACGAAAAUGUAGACCUCUCUCUCUCUCUCUCUCCCUUCAGCGUUUCUCUCUCUGAAAUGCCGGAGCCGCGUGCGUGUCCAUAUAAUAAUAGCUGAAACAGCUCUCUCUCUCUCUCUCUCUCUCUCUCUCUGUGUACGUGUACGCGUACGGACUUGUAAUAUUCUCUGUCUCGAAGAAUACCGGAAACUUUUCGCAACCGCCAAUCAAUCAAUCAGUCUCUCUCUCUCUCUCUGAUGGGUGGUGGUUCGUCUGCGUUUGCAAUUGCGGAGUGGGACGGGUCGGGCUACCCGGCGACGAAGCCCAGGCUCGAGGACAUACCCGAGAACUGCAUCGCGCUGGUCCUGGCCCGGCUGGAUCCGACCGAGAUCUGCAAGCUGGCGGGGCUGAACCAGGCCUUCCGCGGGGCAUCGUCGGCGGAUUUCAUCUGGGAGGUCAAGUUGCCCUUGAAUUAUGGGUACAUCGUGGAUCAGUUGGGGGAUGAGAAGGUGGGUUGUUUGGGGAAGAAAGAUUUGUACGCUAGGCUUUGUCGCCCCAAUCCCUUUGACUGCGGCACCAAGGAAAUUUGGCUGGAUAAGAGUACCGGUGGAGUUUGUGUUUCGAUUGCUUCGAAGGCUUUGAGGAUUACGGGGAUUGAUGAUCGGCGAUACUGGAAUCGCAUUCCGACUGAGGAAUCUAGAUUCAAAAAUGUAGCAUAUCUUCACCAAAUCUGGUGGUUCGAAGUUGUUGGGGAGAUGGAGUUCCAGUUUCCGGUAGGGACUUACAGUGCUUUCUUUAGGCUUCACCUCGGAAGGCCUAACAAGAGAUUGGGCCGUCGGGUUUGUAAUCUGGACCACAUCCAUGGGUGGAAUGUAAAACCAGUACAAUUCCAGUUGACAACUUCGGACGGACAACAUGCUGUGUCGCGUUUGUUUUUGGACAAUCCGGGGCAGUGGGUUCAUUACCACGCCGGCGAUUUUGUUGUGGAGCAGCCGAACGAGCCAACAAAGAUCAAAUUCUCUUUGAGUCAGAUCGAUUGCACUCAUACGAAAGGUGGCCUAUGCUUAGAUUCUGUUCUAAUAUGUCCCAGUUUUCUAGGGAAAGGCUUAGAUUACAUUCAUCGAUAGAGAGAACGACUUUAAUCAUCGGUUUUGUGCAGGCCCGUAGAGUAGUUUUGUUUUUCUGGGUUCAUUAAGCUUUUGUUGUGCUUUGUUUGGAAGCCGUGGAAAGAAAGAGGGAGAAGAUUGAACUCGUCCUUUCCAAAACAAAGGAAAGAGGGUAAAUCAGUCUUCGUCUCCAUUUCUUACCACGGGUUCCAAACACGGUGUUGUCUUUUUGUAUUCGGCUUCAUGAAUUGCUUUUUGUACAUAAAUUUUCACCAUUGUCUUUCCACUUUGUACAUUGUCAUCUACAUUUGGGUAGAUCUAUGGUACACACCCCUUAAUAAAUUACCACAUUGUGCUAAGGUAAUAACAAUGCAUGGUAUUGUUACUGAA